AUGAGGGGUCGCUGGCUGUGGCAGCUCGUGGGCCCCUCUGGAGCGGGGGACAGCUGGGCUUCAGCUCCCCACCAGUGUUUCUCGAAGGCCCUGCAGAGAGAUUUCUUGACCACCACAACUAAGGAAGGAUACCAUAGGAGACCAGUGGACAUAACACCUUUAAAACGAAGGAAACUAAUAUUUGAUACUCAUGCAUUGGUUCAGGACUUGGAAACACAUGGAUGUGACAAAUCCCAAGCUGAAGCAAUUGUAUCAGCAUUAACUACCUUAUCAAAUGCCAGCCUGGAUACUAUCUAUAAGGAGAUGGUCACUCAAGCAGAGAAUGAGAAAAUAAAAAUUGAAUUAGUCCAAGUUAAGCAACAGCUGGUGCAUGAAACCAGUGGAGUCAGCGCAGAGAAUAUGCUGGACAUCAACCUGGAAAGGAGCAGAGUCACAGAUAUGUUUACAGAUCAAGAAAAGCAGCUUAUGGAAGCAAACACAGAAUUUACCAGAAAGGAUACCCAAACAAAAAGUGUUACUUCGGAGACCAGUAAUAAAAUUGAUACUGAGAUUGCUUCCUUAAAGACACUGAUGGAAUCAAACAAACUUGACACAGUUCGUUAUCUUGCAGCCUCAGUGUUCACUUGCGUGGCAAUAGCUUUGGGGUUCUACAGGUUCUGGAAGUUCAACUAA